AUGGACCCCAACGGCGCUGUGACCAUCCGCACCCGCAAGUUCCUCACCAACCGCUUGCUCCAGCGCAAGCAGAUGGUCGUCGACGUCCUGCACCCGACGCGCGCCAACGUCUCCAAGGACGAGCUCCGCGACAAGCUCGCGGCCAUGUACAAGGCCCCCAAGGACCAGGUCAUCGUCUUUGGCUUCCGCACCCAGUUCGGUGGUGGAAAGUCGACCGGCUUUGCCCUCAUCUACGACUCGAAGGAGGCGCUCAAGUUCGAGCCGCGCCACCGGUUGAUCAAGUUCGGCCUUGCGGAGAAGAAGGAGCGUACUGGCCGCAAGCUCCGCAAGGAGCGCAAGAAGUGCUUCCGUGGUGUCGCGAAGGUCACCAAGUCGGCGGGCAAGAAGUAA